AUGGGAAUGCCCAUUAUCACUGGAUCUACUAGACAACGAUGCGUUCUGAAAUGUGAUCAAUUCCGGUCUUUCGUCCAGAUGUGGUUAUUUCUCUGGAUUUUUGGCCUAUUCUUCCUGAGCAAUGGUCAGUUCCAUGAUUCAGAACCGUGUUUCUGUAAGAUCGGCGAAGCAGUGGAAUCGUGUCGGUGUGACGAACCGUCGAACAUCGAUCAUUUCAAUAAUGUUCAAAUUUACGACAAACUACAAAAACUUCUCAAGAGAGAUUUCUUCCGAUUCUAUCGAUGCGGUUCAAAACAAUGCGGUAUUGCUUUCUGUGAUGAUGAAGUACCGGACGGACUCAGACGUCCUGCUGUUAUAACUACGGUGCGUCUCUAUGUGAACGACAAGGUGUUGAACAAUAAUACGACGGAUAACGAACGGAUUCCCGUCUGCCAAAAUCACACAACACCCGACAUCGUCAGCACCUCAACAGUUCAGGAUUGUGCCGGACAACGGAGUAAUGAUUUCGACCCGAUGGAUCGAAGCCUGGACGAAGGUCAUCGGGAACAACUGAAAGAUAUGGACAUACAUGACGAUCAAGAGAAUAAGUUUUGUGAAAUGGAAGAUGAAGAUUCUGAGAAUAUGCACUACGUAGAUCUAUCCAAGAAUCCCGAACGUUACACAGGAUACAAAGGAGAGUCGGCUAUCCGUGUAUGGAAAUGUAUUUAUCAAGAGAAUUGUUUCAAGCCCGAUAUGAAGUUUGACAAAAACUUUCUGAUGAAUCCGAAUAACUUCGGGCUCUGUCUUGAGAAACGGGUAUUCUACAGACUUAUAUCAGGCUUCCACUCGGCUAUUACAGUCUCUAUCGCUGCUUAUAGUUACAAACCUGCUCCUGGUGGUUUUGGUACCGGGUCAUGGUUCCGUAAUACACAGAUGUUUGCUGACCGCUUUGGCACUAAAUGGAGUUGGGAAGGACCUCAAAGAUUAAAGAACGUCUACUUUGUGUUUCUGUUGGAACUGCGAGCAUUGUUAAAAGUUGGACCGUAUCUGCAAAAGGAGCUGUUCUACACAGGGAAUGAAGAGGAGGAUAUGGAGACUCGUGUUGCGAUUGAUGAGUUGUUAGACAUCAUUGCACAGUUUCCUGACCAGUUUGAUGAACAUGAAUUAUUUACGGGUGUUGAGUCCCAUGCACGUGAGCUACGUGAAGAGUUUAGAUCUCAUUUCCUUAACAUUUCCCGAAUAAUGGACUGUGUUGGUUGUGACAAAUGCCGUUUAUGGGGAAAGGUACAAAUCCAUGGUAUGGGUACUGCCUUGAAAAUACUUUUCUCUGAUUUGCCUUAUUCUCACUACCAGUCUGAUAGGAACAAAGAAGUACGAAGUGCACCGUUUCAACUGACCAGGUGGAAUUCUUACAUCUUUCUUGUUUACCUCUCCUACUUUCUAUCAGUGGUGAUGGUUGAUUUGAUUACUCAUUAA